AUGUCCACCGAAUCGCAGCCUCUCCCCCUCAACGCCGGUCUCGCCCAGAUGCUCAAGGGCGGCGUCAUCAUGGACGUGACCAACGCCGAGCAGGCCCGCAUCGCCGAAGAGGCCGGUGCCUGCGCCGUCAUGGCCCUCGAGCGCGUGCCCGCCGAUAUCCGAAGGGACGGCGGCGUCGCCCGCAUGUCCGACCCCGCCAUGAUCCAGGAGAUCCAGGCCGCCGUCACCAUCCCCGUCAUGGCCAAGGCCCGCAUCGGCCACUUUGUCGAGUGCCAGAUCCUCGAGUCCCUCGGCGUCGACUACAUUGACGAGUCCGAGGUCCUCACCCCCGCCGACAAGGAGCACCACGUCGACAAGAGCCCCUUCAAGGUCCCCUUUGUCUGCGGCUGCCGUAACCUCGGCGAGGCCCUCCGCCGCAUCGCCGAGGGCGCCGCCAUGAUCCGCACCAAGGGCGAGGCCGGCACCGGCGACGUCGUCGAGGCCGUGACCCACGUCAAGACCCUGACCCGCGACAUUGCCCGCGCCAAGGGCGAGAUUGGCGUCGACGCUACCCUGCUCCAGCAGACUGCCGAGCUCGGCCGUCUCCCCGUUGUCAACUUCGCCGCCGGCGGCGUUGCUACCCCCGCCGAUGCGGCUCUCAUGAUGCAGCUCGGCUGCGACGGCGUCUUUGUCGGCAGCGGCAUCUUCAAGUCUGGCAACCCUGCCCAGCGCGCCAAGGCUAUCGUCGAGGCCACCACCCACUUUAGGGAUGCCGCCGUUCUCGCUAGGGUCAGCGCUGGUCUCGGUGAGGCCAUGGUUGGCAUCAACUGCGACAGCAUGAAGCCCGAGGAGAAGAUGGCUGGCAGGGGCUGCCGAUGGCAGCUGCGGCGGAAGUGGCAGAUGUGCCGAUUGAACACGAUUCUCUUCUACGUCUCCGAGUACAUCAACAAGCGAUUCAACAUGGCAAUUGGCCUCGCGCGAACCUUUGUCUGCCGCGCCUGCCGCACGUCGCAGGUGCAGAGGAGCUUCGCGACAGCGGCAGCUGGUGCGUCGGCCCAGCAGGCGCAGUCCUUUGACACCCGGGUCAAGGUGGUCGAGGUGGGCCCUCGCGACGGGCUGCAGAACGAAAAGGUGUCGAUACCGCUGGCGACCAAGAUUGAGUUGAUUGAGAGGUUGGCGAGGACCGGACUCUCUACUAUUGAGGCUGGGUCCUUUAUGAGCAACUCGAGCGAGAUACUACAACACAUCCUCACGCAAAAGAUUUCCUCUCCUCGACCGAUAUCCUUCUCCUUCCUCGCCCCCAACAGCAAGGGGUUCUCGUCGGCCUCGGAAAUCCUGCAGCAGAACCCGCACGCCUUCCUCACCGAGAUCGACCCCCUCGCGGCGCCCUCGGCCGACGCCACCGCUCCGAUCCCGGCCGUCGAGCUCGCCGUGUUCGCGGCCGCCACCGAGUCCUUUACGCAAAAGAAUCUCAACUGCGACAUCGCCACCUCGCUCGAUAAAUUCAAAGACGUGAUUCGCGACGCUAAACUCAUGAACCUGCGCGUGCGCGCCUACAUCUCCGUCGUGCUGGGCUGCCCGUUUGAGGGCCACGACGUGGACCCGCACAAGGUGGCGGCCAUGGCGACGGAUCUGCUGGAGGCGGGCGCGGACGAGAUCUCGCUCGGGGACACGACGGGCAUGGGUACGGCGCCGCGGACCAAGGCGCUGCUGAGCUGCAUGACGGCGGCGGGGAUCCGCAACGAGGAUAUCGCCAUGCAUUUUCACGAUACGUAUGGGCAGGCGCUGGUGAAUACGGCGGUGUCGCUGGAGCACGGGAUUCGCAUCUUUGAUUCGUCGGUGGGCGGGCUGGGCGGGUGUCCCUAUAGUCCUGGCGCGACGGGCAAUGUGGCGACGGAGAACAUGGUGUAUUUCCUCGAGACGCUGGGCAUGGAUACGGGUGUGGACUUGGACGCGGUGACGGAUAUUGGGCAGUGGAUUACGGGGCAGCUGGGCAAGGGGAACGAGAGCUCUGUGGGCAAGGCUGUGCUCGGUGCGAGGAAGCGGUCGGCGUCUGUGUAA